UUUGUUUUCAAGUCUUUUGUAGUUAGUUUUAUUGUUUUCUUAAAAAAAUAUAUUGUGUUAUGUGUAAAUAAGUUUUCAAUCGCUUAGUGUUGAUUAGGAAAUAUUUUUGACCAAUGACGGACUACAAUGAUACCUCGCGCGGAAGAUAUCAGCCAAGAUGUUAGAGAGAAAAAAGAUGAAAACGAUUUAAUGUAUGAAUAUGAGAACAUCAAACAAGUCACCUGGUACGAUCAACUACUAUUGAAUAGACCAUUAAAGGUUGUAAUAGUCGUGUUACUACUAACUAUCGCUGCUCCACUUCUGAUCUACCAGUUCUGCUUCUUCCCAAGCGUAGACUCACCACCUUCCGACGGUUAUUCAACAGGAUCAUGUCUUUUACAAAGAGACAUCCGUCUCGCGUGUGGCGUUGGCACUAUGAACGAACAGAACUGCCAUCCCCAAUGUUGCUAUGACGUCAGAAAUAGAUUCUGCUUCCACAGACUACCUUCUCGUUUCUCCUACAUUCUUGAUCGUGAAUGGUCUGAAAAUGUUACUCUACAACCUAGAGUAUCAACAACGCCGUAUUCCUUACAGAAUAGUUUACCCAAUUUAAGAAUAUCCGUCGAUGAAAUUACAUCAAGACAUUUAUCAAUCAAUUUCUACAAUCCUCAAUUAGUAACACAAUCUGGUAGAAGAAUUGAAAAUAAAGAUUAUAAUUAUUCAAUAUCAUCACCAGAAUUGAAUAUUGUUGUUAACUCGAUCCAGGGUAACAUUUUUAACACAUUACGAGGUCCUCUAAUAGCUUCAAAUAACAUAUGGGAGAUUGCUUUUAAAAUAACAAAUGAAUCUAUGUACGGUUUGGGGGAGAUUCCCCUAAAAGCUGGCACUGUUAAAGUAAUUUAUAACAACAAUCAAGGAUUUAGUUCAGUUCCGCUAAUUUUUGCUAAGAUUAAUGAAUCCUAUCAUGGUUUACUGUUGGACUCUAGUAUACCAACCGAAGUAUCAAUUCUGGCUGAGAAUCAGAUAGUUGUACGUGGUAUUACCAGUUUUGGUUUAAAAUUUCAUUUGUUUACUGGACCAAGACCUGAUCAAGUAAUGAAAGAAGUCAUGAAUUAUAUUGGGACUUUUAAAAACUUUCAAUACUGGAUGUUUGGACCUCACAUAUGCAGUAUAUUUCCAGGAUCACUAGAUAAUGCUUUUACGCAAUUUAGUACGUUUAUGAACGCAGCAUCCAGACAACGUCUACCAUUCGAAAGUUCCUGUGGUCCAAUACCUAUAGUUUUUAAUAGUGACCAGUGUGAUAAUUCUGAAAGCGAUGUUAUUACUAGAGGACUACGUUUAAUAAGACGAUUUAACAAACGUUUUAUGCCACAUCUUUCACCAUAUAUUCGUCAUGAAGUAAACACAACCAUAGAAGAAGAAGUAAACAAUACCACUAGAAACUGUGCAGCAACUCUCACGAAAUACGAAAGAUAUUUAUUAAGAGAUUCCAUCAACUUAGACCCGUAUUUAGGUAAAAUAGGGAACGAUACAGUCGUCUAUCCUGAUUAUGGAACAAUAACAGAAGAACUAAUUAGAGAUUUAUGGAUUUAUGACACCAAUGUCGAUGGAAUAAUUUUAGAAAACAACUGGCCUUUGGAUGAAUCCAAAAAACUACACAACGAAACUUAUUCAUAUCUUCCAUAUUUUAAUAAGAAUUUCGAAAAUGCGUUGAAUCGUACACCACAAUGGAAUAUAUCUUUGCCCAACGACGGUGGUAAAUACAUUUUCAAACAUAACAUGUACGGGAACAAUUUCAUCAAUGCGUCACAUUCAAUAUUCGAUCAGACAUUAUCAAGAUGGUCAUCAAGUCAUUGGAUGAACGGUAAAAUUGUCAUUAAUAGACAAAAUGUUGAUACCAGUUGGACAAGCUUGCACAGGGAACUGAUUGCCAUGGCCCUAGGUGGGAUCUCCGGCCAUUGGUACUGGUCUUCUCCGGUCUGUGGAGACUCAGAAGACUUCAAUAUAGAAAAACACAGUCUACUAUGCGUCAAAUGGUAUAUGGCAGCUACAUUCUUCCCAAUAUUCACAAUCAAUUCCAAAGCAACACAAAGGGAUCCUAUCCAAUUUGUCGGUACUUUCAGGACUUAUAUAAAUAAUUCCUUAAAUCACAGACUUAAUCUACUUUCUUACUUCUAUACGACUCUACAAGAAGGACCAUUGCUUAGACCGAUGUUCUAUCAAUAUCCUGAAGUAUCAGAAUUAAAGGAUGUAAGUACUCAGUUUAAUGUCGGUGAAGAUUUAUUAAUUAUUCCUAAUUUACAACCGAGUCAAACUCAUGUCCAUGUCUGGAUGCCGCCUGGGACUUGGUACGAGUUGUGGAGUGGAUUGCGAUUGAACGCGUCAGUAGGCGAAGCUGUUACCAUGACAACCACAGAUGCUGAUUUCUUAACUCUAAUCCGCGGUGGAUCAAUCGUUCCUCUACAAAAAGAUGUCAAAGCAACUGCGGAACUAACUCGUCUACAAUCAAGUUUUGCUCUCACUAUAGCUUUAGAAUGCAAAAAGAAAUCUGAUAUAACUAAUUGUGAAGCAUCAGGUAACCUCUUCAUGUCACCAAAUAUGACAAUUGAAUUUAAAGCGGAUGAUGAAAAUCUCUACGUAACAGCAAUUGGUGAUGAAUACGAUAUCUUCUGCAAUUCAACCGCUAUUUGGGCUAAUAGAAUACAAGAAAUAAAUAUUUACGGACUGGACGAUGAGUUAAAUAACUAUGACAAUCAUAGGAGAAUCCUAACGUCGAUUGAUUUGUGUGACCUAAAAGUUAUUCAAGAAAUUUAUUUUAAGUUUACGUAAUUCUGAUCUGUAUGCAAUUUAACAGAAAAUAAAUUAUUGAAUUUAACA